CCACCCUCUCUCUUUGAACCAUUUCUGCAAAUCCUCACGUUUUCCUUCUCUUCUCAUACCUCUAUCCCCUCAUGCGCAUGCGUUAUUACAGCUUCAGAUCUAAUCGGUAAUGGAGGCUCGACAUCCCAACUCAGAACUCAAUCAGCCUCUUGCCGGCGGCGCAGCCCUAACGGACUCCCAAAAGGCAUGGCAUGUUUUCGCAUUGCUCCUGGCAACUAAGCGGCCUGCCCUCCCAGCAGAGAUCGCGAGCAUCUGCACGCUUUACAAUGCUACUCCGGAUCUGAUUGAGUAUCUUUGCUCGAUCCCUAAUUCGCCACUCCAUUUAACUCCAGAUUCCAUCGUCACGUUCUCUUCUGUCGUGUACUUGACGUUUGCUAAAUUUAUUGCGUAUGUGAACGUAAUUGCGGCUGUUUCUCCUGGCUUGAAUUUUGAAGACCGAACGCUCAGGGGAGCUGUUGGCUGUGAGUUGAGGACUUAUUUGAGUACUAAGAGAAGGCUGAGAUGGAGACCGGACGGGUUACCUGUGUUAAAAACGAGAAGAACAUCAAAUAGCUGUUGUGAUAUGAAGAUCCAGAAAGAAGAUCACGUGGUUAUGACAUUGCCGUUUGAAAUGCUGGAUGCAUACGCUAAGGAAUAUUUCCAAGUCCAAGAUGACAAUUAUAGUGGGGUGAUGACCAAUGAUAUAUGGGGACCAUUGUACUUCUCCUCCAACUACAGGGAAUUGGGGAGAGCAUUUAAUACUCCCUGCACCUUCUAUGAAAACAAUGAGGCUUCUAGAUAUGGAUUUGAAAGUGCACAACAUAACGAUGAACCAAUGCUAGAUGCAAUGCAAAACAGAAAUGAAGUAGACACUGCACAUAAGACUGUGGCUAAAGCUGAUCUCAUGUUUGAUGAUGCGAUUUUUUCGCAUUUACACGAACGAGUGGAGAAAGAGGAGAAACAUUCAAGCCCUAAUUUAAAGCCACUUCAGUUGACUGGCAUUCUCGAAAAUAAGAUAGAAAGUGUAGAAGUGGAGGCGUAUGAUAAUAUUAAGAGCAGAGUAAACUCCGACGCAACUUCUUGCUUUUUAGCUCUACAGACUCCAGUUGAAGUACUUGAACCAUUCUCUUGCACUGUCAGCAAAAGAAAAGGAAUCAACCCUAUACCAGACAACCCAAGUGACAGAGAGAAGUCUGCUGAAGAGCAUCAUAAAGUGAACACUGCUAUUAGAGGGGAUGACAUGUUAAAUUAUUUAUCUGAGAACGAAGCCGAAGUGCCCCAGGUAAGUCAUGGUAUGUUAGAACAGGAGCCAUCUCUUGUCGGGAUGCAAAUAGAAAAGUGUUCUCACAACCCAGAUAAUGUGCAUGAGGAUCCCUUGAUUACUUCCGAGAAAACUGUGUGCAAGCCACUGGAUAAUAGUGCACAUCUCAGACAUCAAGAGAAGGAUCAGAUUAAUAGAGGCAUAAAACCUAUAUCUGCAAAGAAAAAGCUAACUUAUAAUCAUGAAAAGCUUUUGGAUAAUACAAAAAAGAAUGAAAAUCUCACAGAGAAAAGAGAAGGCGUAAAUUCCACCACUUCUAAAGAGCCUAUUGAGCAAAAAGAGCUUCCCAACUUUGAGUCUUUUGUAGUUGAGGAAGAAGAAGGUUCAGGUGGCUAUGGAACAGUGUACAGGGCAAGGAGAAAAAGCGACGGAAAAAAAUUUGCAAUAAAAUAUCCUCAUUCUAAUGCCAAUAGACAAAACAUCCUUAAUGAGGUGAAGAUGUUGGAGAGAUUAGGGGGCAAGAAUUUUGUGAUUAAAUAUGAAGGAUCGUUCAAGGAUGGAAAUUCUGAUUGCGUUGUUUUAGAGCAUGUGGAGCAUGACAGACCGGAUGUUUUGAAGAAAGAAAUAGGAGUAUCACAGCUCCAAUGGUAUGCUUACUGUUUGUUCAAGGCUCUUGCUUCUCUUCAUAAGCAGGGUAUUGUUCAUAGGGAUGUCAAACCUGGGAACUUUCUAUUUACACGGAAGCUAAAUAAAGGUUACCUUAUUGAUUUCAACCUUGCAUUGGAUAUGAACAAAAAAUAUGGAAGUGCAGAUAAAACAAAUUUGGGACCUUGUACUGGCUUGGAGGGAACUCAUAUUGGCCUUUCUAAAUCUUUCCUUUCAAAUAAAGGUAGAAAAGAAGCAGCCAAUCAUGAAACUACUUCUAAAGGUAUCAAGAAAACAACUUUGCAGCUUAAGAAUACGAAAAGGAAGGAUGACUUGGAAAAUGGGAGGAGUAUAGUAAAAAGCCAAGGUGCUGAUGGAUCGGGAAUAACUUCAGCAAAGGAAGCAACAAGCACCAGAAACCCAUCCAGAGAGGCUCUUCAAUGCCAACCUCUACCAUCCAAAGGUAGAAGACAGCUUAUCAGUCUAGUUGAAGCAAUGCAAAGUGCAAACCAUCAUAAAGAAGAACUAAAGGGUCCCACUUCUAAAAGAAAGAGGAUUGCAGCACCCCCCGGAAAAGAAGACAGACACCAGUUCAUUUAUAUAACUCCCAUGCCGUUGCGUUCUUCUGGAGUAGCCAUUCAAGGUGCUGGGUUUCUCAAGGGUGAUGGAAAGCAAAAGCGAGACGGCUCUUGUGUCGGUACAAAGGGUUUCAGGGCUCCAGAGGUAUUAUUUAGAUCUCUACAUCAAGGCACCAAGCUUGAUAUAUGGUCAGCUGGUGUUAGCUUACUAUAUCUAAUGACUGGGCGGAGCCCUUUUGCUGGAGACCCUGAUCAGAAUAUAAGGGAGGUAGCCAAGUUGAAGGGCAGCGAGGACAUGUGGGAAGUGGCCAAAUUACACAACCGUGAAUCGUCGUUCCCUCAAGACCUCUUCGAUGCAAAAUGCUUACCUUCGGUCAAACUACAAGACUGGUGUAAAAGGAACACGCGGAGAGCAGAUUUUUUUGACGCCAUUCCAACGUCUCUUUUUGACCUGGUGGAUAAGUGUUUGACGGUUAACCCGAGAUUGAGGAUUAGUGCAGAGGACGCCCUUCGACACGACUUCUUCGUUCCAAUCAACGAAAUGGUCAGAAAACACAAGCUGUCGAGGCAAGGGCCAAGUCACACAUCACCGCAUAUGCUUCUCUCAGGACCUGGUCAAACUCAGGCACGUGGACUAGUAGCUCUAUGAAAAUGCCUCCAUAUUUUUUCAUUUUUAGAUAUUCUGUACAGUGGCCAUUGUUAUUCAGCGCAAGGCCUCUCCAGUUGAUUUCAUAAAUGCAUCGUAAAUAAGGAUAUCUGCAUUAGGUUCUUCUAAAGGAUGGAGGGAAACUGGCCUCACAGUUUCAUGGGAGGGUUUGCUAGACUUUGCUUUAGGUUUUUAAGAGAUCCCGACAAGAUGUCACAUCCUUCUUAGCAUUUAACUAAACGAUAGAAAUCAUAGAAUGUUCAGGCUUUUAACUUCUAAUAUUGAAGUGUAUUUUUGUGUAACCCAGUCAUUGUUGUAGAAUUUGCUACAGUUUUAUAAUCCAAUCAUGGUGGAUUGAUGGCUAGACGCCCUAUACUUGUAAUACCAAAACUAUAUAAAUAUGUUAUUAUAGGUUAUGAUUGGGUGGACCCGGGCUGGUUUUGAACCGGUAGGUUGUGCUCCUUUACUUGCCAGAAUUAACACUAGCAACACAAGUUCUCACU